UCAAAAAUGAUCUUGUUUCCAUUGUGACAUAGUUAACGUAAGCAUUGCCUUGUUACUGUAUAAACCGUGAUCGCUUAUCUAUUCGCACUCGUACAAGCGUUAUUUAUUCGAAUUUCUAAUGUUGUCGCAAACACACAACAAGAUUCAGUAUAGCGGAUAGGAGCAAUAGAAAAUGAACUGCGUAGUCAACGCCCCCACAUUUUGGAUAAGAACAACAUAGCUCUACAUAAACAUAAUCCGCUGUAAGUGCCAGGCCGAUCUUCGGACAGGGAAGGUGAAGGCUGUGCAGGGCGAAUUUCAACUUAACCAACCCGAAAUAUGGCAACGAACCCGACAGAGGCGAUGACUAUCCUCGAGGCAAGUUUGGGAAACCUUCGCUUCUGAAAAAAAUUGCCGCCCGAAAACGACGCGAUAUAGGUCUUCCUUAACAGUGGCCAGUACGAUUUUGAAAUCUCAUUGAUUGGUUACGCACGGUGGACUGAAUAUGAGUUCUUUUCUAAUAAUGUGUUUCAGUUUUUUUUUCAGUAGUCUACUUUUCAGCGGAUGCAACGGUCUUCUUUGUGCACUCGCAGCACAGCCUCAACGAAAUGCAAAUCUUGGUUGGGAAGUUCUUUACACCAGCACCUAGACGUAAUAGGGCUCCCAUCGAAUACCUGCCGGCGUGUGUUUUAUCACGAUAAUGCCAACUUUAUCGAAAUUUUUCUCUCCCUCAGUAGCAGACGAUCCGCACACUGUUCGGUCGGCUUACCAAACUCUAACGUCAAUAGCAAUUACACUCUAUGGCCAGUAGAAAAUACUACAAACUGUGGGUGCAGCAACGGUAGAGACCUUUCAUUCAAACGUUUGCCCGGAUCAAACUGAUAAGCGCUGAUUAACUACGCUACCUAACGUAUCCUAAUAAGCGAAGGCUGCUGGAAAAAUGCAUAUGCUUCGCAGUGAAAAUGAUAAACGGGAAUAUCGAGUUAUUGAGCUGCCUAAUAAACUGCGAGCUCUACUUAUUCAAGGUGGUGACCCUAUAAUCAAGCCUCACCGAACGCCAACUCAGGAUCAGAAAUAUGAUCCUAAUAAAAGAGAUGAAGAUGAUACACCUACCGAAAGCGAGAGGGGCGAAUCUUCCAGCAGCCCAUCCCAAGGGUUAGCUCUUGGCGGUCAAAUGUCCAAUAGCGAAACCUCCAGUACUGAAAGUGCCAAAACCCCUAGUAGUGUAAGUUCUGCCGAUGGAACUCCUAGUAGUGGAUCUUCUGCUAGCGUCUCACCAGGUAACGCGGUCUCUACCGAUAGCUCAUGCCUUACCGAUAACGCAUCCCCUACGGAUAACAUCGCCACGACCUGCACUAAAGGACGCGGUCUGGAUAUUCCUAGCUUUCAAAGUGAUAGUCCACAAAGUUCAGCUAGUAUGCGGGGCUCACCUAGCCCAGGGGCUUCAGAUGGCAAGGGUCUCUUCACUGAGAAAAUGGCUGCAGCAUCCCUCACUGUGCACUGCGGUAGUCUUCAGGAUCCGAAUGAUAUAGGGGGUGUUGCGCAUUACCUUGAGCACAUGCUUUUCUUAGGCUCUGAGAAAUAUCCUGUUGAAAAUGAAUACACGAAGUUCAUUGCCCAGCAAGGUGGAACCAGUAAUGCGUAUACAAACUUUGAUUCGACAACCUUUUACUUUGAAGUUCCUCCGACUGCCUUCGAGCACGCUUUAGAUAUGUUUGCGAACUUUUUUGUGAGUCCAUUAAUAAGAGAGGAUGCUCUCGAUAGGGAGCUGCAAGCUAUGGAUAACGAGUUCCAGAUGAAUCGUCAGUAUGAUGGAGCCCGGGUUCUGGAGGUGCUUAUGAGGCAGGCUGGUAACCACCCUAUCGGAAAAUUUUCCUGGGGAAACAUUCGAUCCUUAAAGGAAGAACCUGCUCGAAAGGGUGUAAACAUGCGAGAUGUACUCACUAAUUUCUACAACAGUUACUACUCAGCUGAGGUCAUGACGCUGGCGGUGCAAUCGCAACAUAGCCUAGACGAAAUAGAAAGAUAUGUAAAAAAAUACUUCUCGUCAAUACCUCAACGUCAAGUCGAACAAAUAAAAUAUCCGGAGGCUUUGCCAUAUCAUGAUAAUCCGGACUUCUUCAAACUGUUUAAAAUUGUGCCUGUUACUCGUCGAAUAUCACUAACACUCAGAUGGGUACUCCCUUCUCAAAGGAAACAUUACCGUGAAAAGGUUUUCAAAUACCUGAGGUACACUGUGAGCCACGAAGCGGAGGAUGGCCUUCUGGAUAACCUGCGAUCCCAGCAAUGGGCCCUAGAUUUAUGGGCCUCGUCCACUGAUGAUCAAAACAUGUGCUCUCUGUUUACUAUUGGCAUAACGUUGACAGAAAAAGGCGGCGAUAAUCUUGCUGAGGUGAUCCGUUUUGUACAACAAUACUUACACAUGCUACGAAAAAGGGGACCUCAGAAGUGGAUAUGGGAAGAGCUCAGACAGCAGGCUGAAAAUCAUUUCCGUUUCAAAAAUGAGGAAAAUGCCUACAGCUACGUAUGUUCGCUGAGCGAAGUAAUGCGGCAUUGCGACGAGAAACACUAUCUUUGCGCAGAUGAGUUAUUUUUCGAGUAUAAUCCUGCAAGAAUCCAAAUGAUCAUGGAUCUUAUGACUCCCGAUAAAUGUAACUUCGUGUAUAUGAACCACGAAUUUCAAAAAAACGCUGGCUCAUUUUCACGACUGGAACCAUGGAUGGGCACCGCGUAUGAGAUUGAGGAAUUGCCGAAGGAAUGGAAAGAGCUAUGGAUAGAUGAUCCGAAAUUUCAGGAGAAGCUCAAGUUGCCCCAUGAAAAUCCUUACAUCUCAACAGACUUCCGUAUCAAGAAAGACAUCGACGUGGGAACCGUAAGUCAGAGAUUUCCCGUAAUUUUGGAAGACGCUGAUACACAGAAAUUAUGGUUUCGUAAGGACCAAAAGUUCUUACGGCCAAACACUCUUGUAAAUAUCCUGUUCGCGACUCAGCAUACUUUCUCCACGGUGCGGGAAUCGGCCUGUGUUGGCCUGCUAGUAGACGUGUUUAAAAUAUUGAUCGCGCGAGUCUCUACGUAUGCUGAAGAAGCGUCUCUUUGUCAUCACUUAAGCGAGGCUGAAAUGGGUCUGAACUUGAGCUUCAGCGGGUUUAAUCAUAAACUUCCACUGCUGAUUGAAACGGUUCUCAAAACGCUUUCGUCUAUUGACUGUUCAGCUGAGUUAUUCCAAACUGUAAAAGCCGACCGGUUGAAGUAUUACUUCAAUUGUGUAAUAGACAAUAGUAGUCUUGCUGAAGACGUCUGGUCAUAUAUUAUACAGCCGAGAAAUAGCUUGUAUCAUGACCGCCAUACCGUAAUCCAGUCGAUAUCGCAAAACGACUUCAUACAGUGGACAAAAGACGUAUUUGGCAGUGCUUUCCUUGAAGUGUAUGUGCAUGGUAAUGUUACUAGCUUAGAUGCAAAGGACAUUCUAUCCAUGAUUUUAAAAAACUUCCCUGAAAGGCCGGACAAGAAGAAGCCCAGUCCGCUUACCCACGUGAGAAUUGAUGGUCAGACAUGCAUUCGCAUACUGGGUAUCAACCCAGAGGCAACUAAUUCGUUCAUAACAAAUCACUACGUAUAUGGACCUGCGCACUUUUACGAGGAGAGCUUGAUUUCGCUGUUUGUAAUGUUUAUGGAAGAGCGCUGUUUCACGCAAUUACGCACCGAGGACCAACUCGGUUACGAUGCGGCGUGUUACGUGCGAAACUCGUACAGAGUGCUAGGCUUCUCAAUAGGAGUCUCGCCGCCCGCUGACAAAUUCACCUUAAGUGAGGUCGAUAAACGCAUAGAGGCUUUUCUCGACCACAUGGUUAUCGUUUUCGAGGAACUGUCAAAGGACGAGUUCGAUACCACGCGGGAGAGCCUUAUAAAGCAGAAAUCGUGCGCCGACCUUAGCAUGGAUGACGAAGUGACACGAAACUGGUCGGAAAUUGCCGACUUUCGGUAUAUCUUCGAUAGGCUUAGGCUGGAAAUCAAGUUUUUAGAGACAUUGGAAAUGUCAAAGUUCAAGCCGUGGGCCUUGAAUGUAAUUGGACGGAAACGCCAGGACCGGAAAAAGCUGUCUGUUCAAGUCGUCGGUCACGGAAAGGUGGCUCUGGAAGAGUGUGAGGGCGGCGCUGAAAUAUGGAGACAAAGGACAUCGGUUGUUUCUCCGCAGCCCGAUAUCACUAAGAUGCCGCCAAUGCAACUUCUUAAACCUUUAGACGGUUGUGCCUGUCAGAAGUACAUUGAUAACCUGAGUGCUUAUUGCUCUUCACUCACAUUCCAUUCACCCGUUUAUGUACAUCCCAGUGAUCCAUUUAGUUUCUAACACAUAAUUGGAUUUCCCAUUCCCCCGUUCUCCUUUUUGCCUGCGAUUCAUUAGUGCAUCUACAUGGUUAGCUUAAUACUGUUUUGCUGCACCGACCAUGUAUGUACGUAAUCAACAUAACUGAGCCAUGUACUAGACCAAAAGUACCACAGUGCACGCGCAAAAUAUUCGUAAUGAAUUAUAUUUACUAUUCUUUUUUUUGGAAAAUUCUAGCUCAGUAGGAGAGCUACAAAUAGAUUGUUUGUCCGUUAGAAAAACCGUCUAAUGACAAUAAAUCUAGCGAAAAACACUGUCGAGGAAUAAUACAUUUUUGACAGGAUCGAGUAUCUUCGUAAAAUCUAACAAAAUUUUUUAAUGCAGAUUUUCUGUUGGUUAUACACGUAACCAUCGUAGUGUUCAAGCAAUGGGAUCUUCUAAGAUAAUCCAGUGAUUUCCAACGUUCAGUUUCAUACAACAUAGCAUCGAAAUAUGCUGGGUCAGUGGGCUAAUAGUACAAACUGUCUAGUAAAUUCGAUUGCAGGAAUAGUUUCGAAAAAUAUCCGUAUCUUCGAAAACACGUACUUUUUUACUUUUUCACGAAAUAAAGCUGUGCAAUGAUUAACGAUUGAUGUUUCAAGCCUUGUUACGAUACAGAGAGAAAACCUGAGUUCUAUUACAUCGUUGAAAAUUAGUACCUGUUUUUAUACCCACAUCAACAUAUAAUUUGGACUUUUGAUAUUGAACAGCUGGUUCACUUUUUCAUGUUAGUUUUCCUUCAGCUCUGUCGCACGACUUAGUUGUAAGCAUUAAGUCGUCUCCACGUACUUGUGUGGCGUUACCAUCGCAAAGAAUUAAAUUGAGAAAUUACAUUUCCUAGGAAGUAAAAAAAAUUUCAGUUACCAAAGCAAUUACCAAAAAUUUCAACCCAGGUUCGAGCGUUUUAAGAAGGUUUUUCCAUACGUUAAAAAAAGACCCUUAUUAUUAUUAUGAUCUAUAUAAGCUGGAUUAGGUAUGAUGACUUCGUAGGGUACUAGCGGGAACCAGUUGCUUUCAAAAGUAUUGAGCAUAAAGGUCUGACCAUUACAUACUGCUAAGUAAGAGGGCUUAUAGGUCGACUGCCGUUAACUCGAGCUCCGAUAGGGGUUCAACUGACGUUCAAUGUUCAAUUGAUGAAGCUGCUACGACAGGUAUAUCAAUUCGUACGAAAUUCUGGUUGAAGUUGUUAAUAAGUGUGAGAAAGGGUAACGAGCUAAACAGACGUGAUCCGACAGCAGGCAAAACCUAUUAUCCUCAAAAUAUAUAUUUACAUUUGAUUUUAAAUAAUACACAUGAUCCAAGCUCGGGUAACGCAUUACCACCGUAGUCGUGGAACGGCAUUAGACGAUCAUUUUCAGCGUGGGACAAUAAUUAGAACUUCCCGCAAGAUU